AUGAGCAUCUACUAUGCAUUGUCUUUGGUGCUUUGCGCAAACGCCAUUGCGGCGGGUCAUGUUCAACAGCCUUUCACACAACAUCAAACAAUCAAGGUUCCUAUAGAACUCGGGGUGAUGAGCAGAUGCCCCGAUGCGAUUGCUUGCGAGGCUGUUUUCGAUCAAGUUCGCCUAAAGGUAGGAGAUAAGAUGGACCUCUCGCUCGUCUACGUUGCACACGUUCAAGUAUCAACGAGACAGAACCCGAUUUCGGUGUUACAUGCAUGCAUGGACCAGGGGAAUGCGCAGGAAAUGUCCAACAACUACAAACAGCGCGGCCAUGGCGUGGAUGACUUUGUGAAGCAAAUCAACGAGGAGUUUAAGCGUUUGAACUUUGAACGACCAACAUGA